AUGGACCUCGACUCGGGAGCAUCGGUCCACGAUGGCGACGAGUACUCUCAGUCAGACGAACAUCUGAUCCACCGAGCGGCUGCAUGGCAGUUGCGGCGGUUGCGCAAAGAUGCUUUGGUGCGGCUUUAUACGCUGGCAUCGGGGCCCUCGUGUACUCCGGACCCGUCGACAGAGCUGACAAAGCCGGAGCUCAUUGACGCGCUGCUGGGUGCGCGUGCUGCCUCGUCGUCAUUGCCCACACCAUCCCGCUCUCCUCCGCAAACACGUGCAUCCCGCGAAAUAAAAGAUCUCCCCGCUCGCCCUCGUCGCCAAACCGUAUCGCAUCCUGCUCCUGUCCCUGCAUCACUCUCAUGCGACGGCGGAGACGAAGCAGACGGCGACGAAGCGCCUUCCUCAAAACGCAUGAAACUUGGCAAGCGCCGACCAUCGCCAACAUUGCCCAUGAAGCCACAAGCGCCCAGCGCGUCACUCGCACUCGCUCUGCUCAGAUCGACACUACCCACCCCGCGUUUGCGAGUAGCAACUUCUCGUAGCGAAAUCGUCCCUAAUUCUCCGGCCCCGGCUGGACGCCGGCGCCGACCUCGUGCAAAGCAUCAGCAUCACCAGCAGCUACGUACACCCCCUAGCGAUGACGGUGACGAUGAAGCAGGAAUCACAAGCGCGGAUAGCGAAGCCGAAGCACUGAGCCCUGACGUCGCCGACAUAUCACACAUGGCUCAGAUCGCCGAUGACACCGUGGUGCUCGAACCCGAAGACGAGACUGUACGUGUCUUACGAAAUGGCAAAGUUGUCAGGCAGGAAUCGGAGAUGGAUGUUAUCAGACAACCAGAUGAGGCCGAGUCGAGUGAUUUGACCGAGCUCGACUCGGAAGAAGAGGACGAUGACGAUGACGAGAAUGAUGUUACCAUGCGGCCAACUCGCCGAGAUGAAGAGAGCGAUGACGAUGAAGAAGUGGGUAGUGAUAUCCAGGUCUUGGAUGCAGAGGGUGAUGAGGAUGGAGCCGAUGAUGACGAUGAGGAAGAGGCGGACGAGGAAAUGGCCACCCAGUCCACCCAACUCGAAGACGAUGACUUGGAUAUAGACCUCUCCCAAGCAACCGAUAAAUCCCUCCUCCGCCUUAAGCGUGACGCUCUUCUCCGCCUCUGCUUAUCGCGCUCUAUCUCUGCGAAUGGCACCAAACCUCAACUCGUCCAGGCUCUGCUCGGAUGGCGCGACAAGUCCGAAUUCACAGAUGCGCCCAGUUCGACUAUGUCUGAACUCACCGAGUUGGACGAACCCAUCUCGCCCGUGAGCACAUUGCCCAUGUCUGACGCCAGUUCGGAACUAUCAGAAGAAACCGUCAUUGUUUCUGUCGCUGGAUCGUCGCGCAAGGGAAGCAAGGGCAAAUCGCGCGUACCGUCAACCAAGAAGCCCAACAAGCGGAGGUCGACUCCGGUUCUGGAGCGCUCUUCGAGGGUGUAUGUCGCAGAUCAGCCUGAUACGCCUCGUGCCCCUCGUCAGGGAAGCAACAACGGAAUCAAUGUCGGCAACCCGCCCGGAAUGCCGCUGGGCGUCGGAAGCGGGAUGACCAAGGAUGAAUUAGAGAUCGAUCUUGAAGAGCUGGGCUUGGAAGACAAGGAAAUCCCAUCCGACAAGUUGGUCAAGCUGGAAAAGAUUGGAAGUGGAGGGUUUAAAGACGUUUAUAUCGGCCGGCUGCGUGGCCGCGUCAAGGUUGCUAUCGCCGAGUUCAGAGGCCAAUUAAGUGCUAUGGAUAUCAAGGAGCUCAAAUUGCUAAAAGACUUCGAUCAUCCCAACGUCGUUCGAUUCCUCGGUGUUAGUAUACCCGAGAACCCAAGGGACACGCCUGUUAUGAUGGUCAGCGAACUCUGUGCCAACGGAGAUCUGUUUGAUUAUAUCCGCAACGUGCCUGUUCCAUCAUUGCGCAAAGUACUCUCCUUGAUGCUUGAUAUCGCCCGUGGUAUCAAGUACUUGCACGAACACAAGCCACCAGUGAUUCACAGAGAUUGCAAAUCUUCCAAUAUUUUAAUUACCAACAAGGUCACCGCCAAGAUUGCCGAUUUUGGUCUUGCCAAGGUUAAACAAUCCACACGAUCCAUGGUCAGGUCACUUGUCGGAACUGUGAACUGGCAGGCUCCCGAGUUGUGGCAUGCCCAUCCAAAGUAUGACUACAAGGUCGACGUGUACUCGUGUGGCUGCGUGUUUUGGGAGAUGAUGCAAUGGCAUCUGCCAAACAAGAAAUACCCUUGGGAGGGAAUGAACGAACAUGCAAUUUACGAAGCUGUAGGUGCGAAAAAGCAACGACCUCCAAUCAAUGGUCUGCGCAAGCAAUAUUGUCCAGAAAUCGUUGACCUCGUGGAAAAAAUGUGGGCACAAGAGGCGAAGGACCGCCCGACUAUCAAGCGCGUGGUCGAAGAGCUCGAGCGUCUGAUACAGAUGUAUUAA